AUGAAGUUUUACACAUCAAUAGCCCUUCUAGUUUGGGCGUGUUCCACAUCGAUAGAGGCAUUCACAUCACCGAUACUUCACGAAAGAACACAAUUGACAGCAAUCACACCACUCAAAGCAACUACUGAUACACUUCCUGAAAUCAAGCUCUUCAAUUCCCUUUCUCGCAACAAAGAAACAUUGAAACCGCUAGAACCAGGAAAAUUUUCCAUAUAUACUUGUGGACCCACUGUCUACGAUUUUGCCCACGUGGGCAACUUUCGAGCCUUUUUGACGUACGACUUGCUCAAGCGGGUUUUGAUGUAUUUUGGCUACGAUGUUAACCACGUUUGCAAUCUAACAGACGUUGAUGAUAAGAUUAUCAAUCGGGCCAACGAACAGGGGAUUGACAAUGUCCUGGACUUGACGUCGAAAUACGAAGACUUGUUCAUGAAGGAUUUACAAGCCCUCAACAUUAUUCCGGCUGUCAAAUACCCUCGGGCAACGGAGCACAUCCCGGAAAUGAUGGAAAUGAUUUUGAAACUAGAAGAAAAAGGACUGGCGUACGAAUCAGAAGAUGGAUCAUGGUGGUUUGCCACCGAUAAGAAAGAGGGAUACGGAGAACAACUUGUCAAUCUCAACUGGGACGAAAUGGAAACCACCGAACGUGGGGAAUCUGACUUGAAGCGUACACCACAAGAUUUUUGUUUGUGGAAAGCCUUCAAACCUGGGAUCGAUAGAGAUGAUGCAGCCUGGGAAUCGGAUCGAAUCAAGAAGGGCAGACCUGGCUGGCACUUGGAAUGUUCGGCAAUGUCCAAGAAAUACUUUGGUGACACCAUCGACAUUCAUGGUGGCGGCGUCGAUUUGAAGUUCCCACACCACGAAAAUGAAAUUGCUCAAUCUGAAGGUGCUUCUGGGGAGCCAUUUUGCAAUUGCUGGAUCCACAAUGGUUUCGUCAACAUUGACAACGAAAAAAUGUCUAAGAGUCUGGGCAACUUUUUGACGCUUCGAACGGCUUGUGCGGCUCCAGCCGAUGUGCGGGCGUAUCGGUACUUGGUCAUGUCUUCCUUGUAUAGAAGUUCAUUGAACUUUACGCCACAGGCCAUGGAUGCCGCCAAGAGUGCCUUGAAGCGAAUUGAUAAAGUGAGAAAUCAAAUUUCGGAAGCGCUGGGAGAGGAGAAAAAUGUCGACGCUGGUGACAGUUCCUUGGCCACGGAACAAGUGCCCAAGGCUCUUGGAAAUUUUGAAGCAGCGUUAAAGGAUGACAUGAGCAUGCCACGGGCAUCAGCUGCCCUCUUUGGAUUGGUCAAGGAAGCGGAGAGGGAAUUCAAGCGGGUGUCCAAGGACGACUCUGUCCCUUUGGAUAAGCCCGGCCUUUCCGCCGUUUGGAAUGCCCUGGAUCAAAUGGACAAGGUGUUUGGAAUCUUUUACCAAGUUCCAAUGACGGAAGAGGAGGCGGCCGAAGAGGCCUCUGCCGAAGCCAUGACUGUCCCCGAGGAAGUGAUGGAAUUGGUUGUCCAACGUACCGAAGCGAAGGACAGCAAAGAUUGGGAUCUAGCAGAUUCCUUGCGGUCACGGAUUACGGAAUUGGGAUUUAACGUCAAAGAUGUCAAGGGCGGUGAACCUGAAGUGACUCCUAUAGGAAAAUAA